AUGGCCGAAAGCGUCGUUGCUUCGAAUACAGAAAACGAAGUUAAAGAAAACGGGGUUGAAAAUGGCAACGUAGAUUUCGCUGUCACAACACCUAGAGAAUGCCAGCCAGAGGUAAAAGUCGAUAUAGAGUCUGAAACAGAAAUUGAGGCAGUGCGCAGUGAACUUGGACAAGAUGUUCUUCGAGUGUCUAAAGGCUUGUUUCAAAACGAAGAGGAAGAUGAUGAAGACAGUGGUACAGAUUACCUCAACGACGAAGACAAUCGAGGCACUCAUUUGCAACGUGCAGAGCGUGAAGGGAAUGCAGGAUUACCAGACACUUUCCAAACCAACAACCUUUUAUUCUACGAGAGAUUUAAAGCCUAUCAAGAUUAUAUGCUAGGUGACUGUAAAACAUCAGAGGUUAGAGCGUUCACAGCUGACUACCUGGAGAAGAUCGUGGAGCCGUGUGACUGGCAAGCCCUGUGGCGCACUGAGGUGUUUGACGUGUUAGUUGAAGUUGUGGAUGUGGACUAUAAGGAUUUCAGGGCGAAAGUUGACUUGGUGCUGCCACUGCAAUGUGAAACUAGAGGUUGUGAGCUGACAGAGGAGGCCAUGAAAGCUCUUUUGGAGGCCACAACGCACAAAGUGCCCCUGCAGGAGCUCCAUGUUGUCUUUGAUGAGUCAGGCGAAUUUGACCAGACUGCUUUGGCCCUGGAGCACCUAAGGUUUUUCUACAAGCAUAUCUGGAGGAAGUGGGAUGAGGAAGAUGAGGAUGAUGAUUUUGAUUACUUUGUUCGCUGUGUAGAGCCCCGUCUCCGACUGUACUACGAUAUUUUGGAGGACAGGGUUCCUGCAGGUUUGGUUGCUGAGUAUCACGCUCUCUUGGCACGUUGCUCAGAGAAGUUUCAGGAAUUCUCCAGCCUUCGGAAUGGGCUGAGCAGUGACUCUGACUCUGAGCUGGAUAAUGUCUCCAUGGUGGAGGGCUUGCGCAUGUAUGAACAGAUGGAGGCUCUCAAGCGCAAGCUGAGGAUCAUCGAAAACCCACUGCUCAGGUAUGUAUUGGGUUACAAGGUGAACUCUGGCCAACAGUCCUGCAGGGCCAAAGGUGUUCGUCCAACUGGGGGUAAGGUCAUUCACGUGGUAUGUGCCACCACCACUGUGCAGCAGUUACAGAGCCUGAUGUCUGACAAACUGUGCCCAAAAUACUCCAGCCAGGAGUUUGAACUGCAAUUCCACAGUGACCCCCUGCUGGCAGUGAACGCAUGUUACGAAGGUGACGUGGUCAUUGUGUGUCCAGGUCACUAUGAUGUCAGCAGUUCAAUCAGCAUUUCAGACUCUAUCGAAGUUGAAGGGUAUGGGCUGCCAGAUGAGGUGGUGAUUGAGAAACGCAGUAGGGGUGACAUUUUUGUGGAGUCUACAGGCGCCGACGUGAAGAUCUCCAACCUUAAGUUCAUUCAGCAUGAUGCUAUAGAGGGCAUCCUAUGUGUGCGUCAGGGGAAGCUAGAAAUGGAAAAUUGUGUCUUGCAGUGUGAGACCACUGGCGUAAUUGUACGAACAUCUGCCCAGCUUACCAUGAACAUGUGUGACCUCUAUGGAUCAAAGGGUGCAGGCGUGGAGAUCUACCCUGGGAGUGUGUGCAGCCUGUUGGGGAACGGUAUCCAUCAUUGCAAGGACGGGAUCUUGAUUAAGGACUUUGCUGAUGAACUGGACGUAAUGCCAAAGAUCACCAUGGUGAAUAACGUUAUCCAUAACAACGAGAGUUAUGGCGUCAUCUUGGUCAAGCCAGACGAUGCUGCCGCGGGAGGUCAGCCCGUUGAGACCAGUCCCGCAGAUGAGCAAGAGGAGGAGGAGAAAGAGGGAGGCAUGGAUGAGGUGAAACCAGAGACUGACACGGACGGCAACAUUCCCGUCGUCGUCAUUGAGGAAGAAUGCCCUACCCCAGCGCGCAGGAGUGGCAUCCCUCCGGAAUACACAGAGGGCAAUGAUGUCAUAAAACAAGAGCUGGUAGCCACGUCGGCACGGAAACAUCGCCUGCAGAGACUCCGUGCCAAAGAACCAGGAGACACACAAGCUGAUGAAAACCUGCUCGCCCAAGAAAUGUUCGUCUCCAUCCACGGAAACCAGUUCAGACGUAAUGGCAAGGGCAGUUUCGGCACCUUCCUUUACUGA